UACUGGCCCCUGAUAGGGAUUGCUGUUAAUAGGUGGCCGCUUAAUAGGGGUUCGACUGUAAUAAUUUUUCGAGGCUUUAGGUGAUAUCUACCUUCACAUGUACAUGCAGCAACAGUCAUCAUGGGGGAGGGCAGAGGAGGUACAUGUAGGUUUAUCCUUUCAGGUACAGCAUUGUGGGCCUGAGGCCAAAGUUUUGUAAUCUUUGUUAAACUGCAGUAAAAAAAUAUUUGAAUACCAUUAAAAUUUAAUUAUGUAUGAUCUAUAGACAUAUUAAUUUUCUUACACUCGUGUUCAUGUAACCACCCAUGGGCAUACUGACUAAAUGAUUACUGCAUCGAGAGUCAAAUUGUGUGGUCUUAACUUUUGACUGGUCAACAUGUACUCUUUUCAUUAAUUUUCCAGGGAGAAGAACAAGUCACUGCUGAAUUUCUGGCAGGAAAAGUUCCUGAAAUUGUUUACAAAAAGGCAAUACAGAGUAUACCAGACGACAUCAAAUUUAGAGUAUCCUUCAUUGAAGUUUAUCGCUUGUUUGAAAAUACAAAAGAUGGCAUUGAUAUGGUGUAUGACAGCUUGUUAAAAGACUUUCCUACCUCUGAGGAGGUCUGGAAUUUAGUGGCUCGUCGAGCCAUUGAUGAAGCCAACCGUCAAGUAAAAAAAGGAACAGCUGUAAUUACAGAUAAUCAGUGGUGUGAGCUUGAGACAGAAAUGAACAAGUUGUAUCACCAGGCAGUGGAGCAAGUCCCAACAGAUAAAAUGUGGCAAUUUUAUAUCAGUACUUGUAUGGAAUUGAUGGCUGACGGCUCCCAUGGGCAAGCAAAAACGAGAGUGCAGAAUGUUUUUCAGUUAUUUUCAGAAGCAGAAAAAGCCAAACUUCUUAAUGAAGAUCUUUAUAAAACAUGGGUCAGCGUUCUGCUUCAAGCUGCACGGCCGAAACAGGCCUUGUCAGUGUGUAAAAGAGGGACCCAGUCAUUUAAAACCUCAGUGAGUUUGUGGAGUGAAUAUAUGAGAUUACAAGUCCUUAAUCAAGGUAAACCAGAGAAGAUUCAUAAUGAAUUUUCAAACGCCUUAAAAUGCGUGGAUUCCAAGGACUCACUGUCACUGUGGACUCAGUGGAUAGACUGGUGUGUCGCCAGCAAUCCAGGACAAGUAGGAGAGGUGUUUGAACUUUCGUUAGAAUCGUGUCUCGACAUCAGGACUCCACUGAAGGAGAAGUAUGUCGAAUGGGCAGUCACGACAAAAGGGAUUAAAAAGGCUAGAAAACUUUACAAAAGGCUGAUUCAAGCACGACCUUUUGCCAUUUCUUUCUUUCGAAAAUGCAUUGAUUUAGAACUAACACAGGUUAAGCCCAGUGUUAAGCGCGCCCGCGAUCUGUACGAGGCAGCUGUAGAUCAUUUUGGGACUUCUCAUCCUGAUCUGUGGCUGGACUAUAUUCGCCUUGAACUUCAGCAUCCUUGUGGUAAACUAGACACCGCUGGAGAGCUGUAUUGGCGGGCAACCAAGUCUCUUAACGGGGAAUUUACGGAGGAAUUUGUCGGACUUUACUCUUUGCUGCAGGCGGGCCGUAUAUAAAAUUAAAUAAUAGGGACCUUAAGCAAUGACGACGUCUGGAAAAAUUUGGUUUAUACACUCCUUUUCUCUCCCGUACCCAGCUCGUCGCUGGCCCGCUUUUUCGAUCGUCCCCACUGACCGAGAGCCGGGAACUGGCUAUAGUUAUCUAGAUCAGUUUAAUAGGCCGAUCGGUCUAAAAACCUGCUAAAACUAAAUAUGGAAUGCCAGGGAUAAAUUUCAGAAGCAAAUACGAAAAAUUAGCCAUCGUGGCCCACGUUCUCCAAAAUGCUCAGAACUUGGUCAUUUUACGAUGUUGUGCAGAGGACGGCUAUGAAAUGUACAAAGACUUACAACGUACGUGCACAGCCACUGUUCUGCUCAUUUUGAUGACGUUGUUGUCGCCGUUCCGUUGCCGUCGUGGUUUGCUUAAGCUCCUUAAUUGUUUUUUCUUAACAGACACCGAGGUCCUCUCUCACUUACCAAAGCUGAGGUGACAAAAUCAUCAACUACGUUUUGAAGUCUUGAAUUAGCAAGAAACAAUCAGAACUAACAUUGUACAAAAGAGUGGCAGAAAAAAAAAGCGAGAAUUGUAAGGUUUCUCACCUU